UUGCCUCUGAGAAGCCACCAGACUGGGUGAGAAGCCAGGGCUUUUCAUCGUGGUAGGUGGUGGCCGCCCGGGUCUCGGCACUAUGGGCAGCAGGUACCUGCUCCUCCUCUCAGGUCUCAGCAUCCUGCUGGCUCUAUCAGGAGAUGCUGUAGUUUCUAAUGCACAAGUGUGUGGAGUGGUGGGCCAGCCUGUCACACUCCCCUGCACGUACUCAGGAACACUCGUACCCAUGUGUUGGGGCCGAGGGACUUGUUCUCUUCUUGGGUGCAGAGAUUUAAUUGUCCAUACUAAUAGAUCCCACGUCACCUUUCAGAAGGACUACCGUUAUAAGCUAAAGGGGUCCCUUUUGGCAAGGAAUGUUUCUUUGACUAUAGAGAAUGCAGUCAAGACAGACAGUGGCCUGUACUGUUGCCGUAUUGAGUACUGGGGUUUGGGAAAUGAUAAGAAACUCACCAUAGCAUUGGAGAUUAAAGGAGAGGACAACGGUAACAAGACCCAGCCACUGGUGGAUGUUUGUAUAAGUGAGGACGCAGCCCGGACUUGGAUACAGUUGAAAAAUACAUGGAGUAAUGGGACCAAAAAGGACAUUGCACAAAGGGCUACCCAACUAAUUCAGGAGGUGGAAUUGACCGUAUGGAAACAGACAUUUGCUUCUCCAGGAAGGCAUGAAAAUUCUGUGCUUGAUAUAGUCUAUGAAACCAAGAGGUGCUGUGAGACAAGCAAGAAAACAAUUUUGGAAGCUGGAAACAACACAAUGGAUAUUGACUGUACCCAUGCUUUCAAAGAAACCACGAGAGAUCAAAGGGCUGUUGCACUGAUCACCUAUCGAGCUCUUGGAGAUAUUCUCAAUGGAACCUUUUUUAAUGACAGAAAACGAUUGCAGGAAGUGCAACUGAACUCUCAUGUCGUAAGUGGCACCAUUGGUUUGAAGAAAAAAAUUUACCUGUCCAAACCUGUCUUCCUGACCUUUAAACAUACUCAGGCUGUUGGUACAGAAACAAAACAUCUCUGUGUCUACUGGGAAGCAUCAAAGGAGGGGGGCAGCUGGUCGACAGAGGGCUGCUCUCAUAUGGGCAGCAACAAUUCUCACACCACAUGCCAGUGCUUCCAUCUGUCUAGCUUUGCUGUCCUCGUGGGUCUUACACCCAAGGCAGAUCUGGUGCUGACUGUGAUCACCUACGUGGGGCUGAGCCUCUCUUUGCUGUGCCUCCUCCUGGCAGCCGUCACCUUCCUCCUGUGCCAGCCCAUCCAGAACACCAGCACCUCACUCCACCUGCAGCUCUCGCUCUGCCUGUUCCUGGCCCACCUGCUCUUCCUCGUGGGGAUUAAUCAAACUAAGCCUAAGGCGCUGUGCUCCGUCAUCGCUGGGGCACUGCACUACCUCUACCUGGCCUCCUUCACGUGGAUGUUCCUGGAAGGCCUGCAUCUCUUCCUCACCGUCAGGAACCUCAAGGUGGCCAACUACACCAGUGCAGGCAGAUUCAAGAAGAGGUUCAUGUACCCUUUUGGCUAUGGGAUCCCAGCUGUGAUUGUGGCUGUGUCAGCAGGCGCUGGACACAAAAAUUACGGAACAAAUACUCAUUGCUGGCUGAAGCUUGAUAAAGGCUUUAUCUGGAGCUUCACGGGGCCAGUCGCCGUCAUUAUCUUGGUAGGUACCCAGGGACAGGUAUAUUGGUGUGCUAGUGCUGGAGCCCUGAUAGUGUAG